GGAAGCCUAAAGCCCCAUGAUGACUCCUGUCGAGCGCGAUCGGCUAAGACAAAGAGGCAUCCUGUUCGAUCCUAUCCGCCGUUGGCACAUCUCACAAAGACCAUAGAAGGGAAAUUACGUGGUAAGCAUGGCAUCAACAGGAAGCGAGGCGAGCAGUCGCCACCUUAUCUCGUUCCAAGAAGUCCAGAAGCAUGACCAAGAAGGAGACUGCUGGCUCGUUGUUAAUGGGCAGGUCUUGGACCUGUCCAACUUUGAACACCCUGGAGGAGCCGAAAUCAUUAUACAGCACGCAGGCUCCGACGCAAGCACGGCGUUCAACAGGAUCCACGCCCCGGGAAUUCUCAAGGGUCUUGCGCCAGAACAAUUCAGAGGCGACGUUGACCAGAGCAGCAUCCCUUGCCCAGUCAACCCGAAGGAUCUGGCAGAGGCCGAGAGCAAAGAGGUCCCAACACCGGAAGGACACCCCAAGCCACCCCUACACAGCCUCAUAGCUCUCCAUGACUUCGAAGACGUUGCGCGCAAGACCUACAGCGCCAAAGCGUAUGCCUUUUACUCCUCUGGCGCAACUGAUCUAGUGUCCCUUGAGGCAAACUCGCAGGUACACAAACGCCUGUUGCUUCGGCCUCGAGUCUUGCGUAAUGUCCGCCAAAUCAGAACAAGCAGAAAGAUCCUCGGAUUCAACUCAAGCGCACCGUUCUUUGUCAGUCCCACAGCCAUGGCCAAGUUGGCGCAUCCGGACGGCGAAAUUGCCAUAGCAAAGGGGUGUGGAGAAAAGGGCAUUAUCCAGACAAUAUCGACGAAUGCAUCGUUUCCGCUGGAGGACAUCGUCGCUGCGGGACUUCCCGGGCAACCUUUCUUUCUCCAACUUUAUGUCAAUUCGGAGCGCUCAAAGACUGAGGAGCUACUACAGUCAGCCCAUAAGCUAGGCAUAAAAGCCAUAUUUGUCACGGUAGAUGCCCCUGUGCCAGGGAAAAGAGAGGCGGACGAGCGCAUCGCUGCUGGGAAUUUGACUUCAGCCAUCAGCGGUGCAGUUGCCACCAAUGACAAAAAGGGUGGCGGUCUAGGUCGUGUCAUGGCCAGGUACAUCGACUCCACACUCUGCUGGGACGACCUGGCCUGGAUCAAGAAAGCAUCUGGAGGGCUACCAAUCGUGCUAAAGGGAAUUCAGACGGCGGCCGAUGCUAAAAAAGCUGCGGAACACGGUGUGGAGGGCAUCCUCCUGAGUAAUCAUGGAGGAUGCUCGCUCGAUACCACGCAGCCGGCAAUGCUUACCCUCCUAGAGAUGCACAAGGCAUGUCCAGAAGUCUUUGGCCAGGUCGAGGUGUAUGUCGAUGGCGGCUUCAAUCGUGGCACGGACAUCCUUAAAGCCAUUGCGCUUGGCGCCACAGCGGUUGGGAUUGGGCGUCCGUGGCUCUACGCGAUCAACUACGGCCAGGAGGGUGUCGAGCACGUGUGCGACAUCCUGACUGAUGAGCUUGUGACAUCCAUGAAGCUCAGUGGCAUCACUGACGUCGAUGAGGCACACCCUGGGAUGGUGAAUACAGCCAUGGUAGAGCCGCUGAUACGCAGCAGCGAGGCACAUCCCUGGAUUGCUUGGACUCCAAAACCCCGACUGUGAAUGCGAAACAGAAGGAGUCGUACAUCUUGAUGGAAACCGGCCACAAUGUCGUUCAAACAGAAACUAUAUGAUUGCCGAGGCCCCUCUGUAAAUAGAAUCAAUACUUGAGUUAUACAAAAAGAAAUCAAGAGAGACGUAUAAUAAAAAGAACGAUUCGAUUU